AGCUACCUCCCUUUCCCACGCGGCUUCGGAAUGAAUACUAUUCAACCUCGUGCGAGGUUAGAAAACUCGAAAUUGCUCUUGCAUCAAGUCAUAUUACCUGCCUAUAAAUAAGGGACCCCUUGCUCUGUUGAACUCACCUUGCAGAAGUAACUUUAGACCCAGACCCAGACCACAUCAUGGCCUCCCGUUUCAGCUCUUUCGUUUUGGUUUCUUUUCUUGUGAUAGCUGCAUCACAUGUUCAUGUUACGAGCUCUGCUCACUUGGUGAAGGGGCUCUCGUGGUCCUUCUACGAGAAGAGCUGUCCCAAGGUGGAGUCCGUCAAGAAACAUCUCAAGAAGGUGUUCGAGGAGGAUAUUGGCCAAGCUGCUGGGCUGCUUCGUCUGCACUUCCAUGACUGCUUUGUUAAGGGAUGUGAUGCUUCGGUGUUGCUGGAUGGAUCAGCCAGUGGACCAAGUGAGCAGGACGCUCCACCGAACCGGAGCUUGAGACCAUCAGCAUUCAAGAUCAUCGAUGACCUCCGUGAGCUCGUGGACAAGAAGUGUGGUCGAGUAGUCUCUUGUGCUGAUAUCGCAGCCAUUGCUGCUCGUGACUCCGUUGUCCUGUCAGGCGGACCUGAGUAUGAUGUGCCGUUGGGAAGGCGGGAUGGACUCACGUUUGCGACUCAAAAUGUGACCUUAGAGAAUUUACCUGCACCAACUGAGAACGCCAGUGCAAUUCUCUCCGCCCUAGCCAAGAAAAACUUAGACGCUACCGACGUAGUGGCCCUCUCUGGAGGCCACACCAUCGGGCUUGGGCACUGCACCUCCUUUGAGAAUCGGCUCUACCCGACCCAAGACCCCACGAUGGAGAAGACCUUUGCCCAUGAUCUCAAGGGCGUGUGCCCCACCACAAACUCCACCAACACUACGGUCUUGGACAUCCGAUCACCCAACCGAUUCGACAACAAGUACUUUGUUGAUUUGGUGAACCGCCAAGGCCUGUUCACCUCAGACCAAGAUCUGUAUGAGGAUCCUGCAACGAGGGACAUUGUCACUAGCUUUGCCGAGGACCAGGAAUUGUUCUUUGAGAAGUUUGUCCUAGCCAUGACAAAGAUGGGGCAAUUCGGCUUGUUGACGGGGACGAAAGGAGAAAUCCGAGCCAACUGCUCAGUCAGGAAUUCUGAGAACCCCGAUCUCUUGAAGUCCGUGGUGGAAGAGGACCUGGAGAGCUAUGCUGAAUUGAAAUGAUGGGACCCCUUAUAAGUGUGUGUAUGUAUCAGCUGGGGUUAACUUUGUUUUGCUAGGAUCUGUGACCUUUGCUACUUUUGCUUGCUUGUUUAUAGACCGUGGCGGUGUCUAAUAAAUUGCAUCAGCUGUUUAUGAGUAUGUCAAGAAUAUGUAAUCAGCAGAAGCUCAAAAUUUGUGUCACUUGGCAAGACGUUGCGUGCGAGCCUACUGCUUGGGAAUUUGAAUUCGGAGAACUGUGAUCAUUCAAA